ACUACUUGCAACAACCAUAUGGAUUUUCUUACUUCGACAUACUUCAAAUUUCACCGGACGACGUCAUAUUAUUAGUAAAUUAUUUCGUAAUUUUUAUUCAUUUGAUAUAAUAAUAUUAAUGAACUAUAAUAAUUAUUAUAUUUAAACAUUAUAAUAUUGCUGACGGAAGUACGUAGAAAUUGGUGAGGCGAUAUCAAAACGCCAUUUUGUGUAUCCUUUCAAGCGAAGAAGGUAGACUUCUAUACAUAGAAAGAUAAAAAUACUUAAAUCUUGUAUUUAAGUGUUCUAUCUAUUCGCGAUAUUAGCGGGUGGAUAUUAUUUCUUCUUCUUUAUUUCACUACGAUAUAAUUAAACUGCGUUGAUGAUUGGGAUUCCGCGAGACGACCGACAUAAAAUCACGGUUAAAAUCCGCAACAACAUGAAAAGGAGUUCGAGUCGUGAUACUCCACCUCCUCGGGUGAAACGAAGUCGAUCUUCCAUGGGGCGAUAUGAUGAUUCAAGUGAUGAACGGAUUACGCCUGAACGUAUUCGACGACGUAGCAGAGGUGCAAGAAGUCCUAGUCCAUCAGCAAGAGCGUCAUCUCAUGCGCGUUAUGUAGAGUCCAGUUCACAUCGCGACGAAUAUUUGCGUGCACCUCGAGAUUUACCACCUGAACGACCGUACAGUUAUAAAGUUCUUUGUGUCAGUUCCAUUCAUCCGAAAGCCAGUGAUGAAGUAAUUAAAGAUACUUUGUAUAGAGAAUAUAAAAAGUUUGGUGAUUUUUCUAUAAGAAUUUCUCAUGAGUUAGAUGAACGCGUUGCUUAUGUGUGCUUCAGGAGCUCAGAAGAUGCACGAGAUGCGAAACAUGCUAAACCACGAAUUAUAAUGUAUGAUAAAGUAGCUUUGGUAGAGCCAGUUUAUGAAAGACCCGAUACGUAUCGUAGGCAAAGAUCUGUUUCACCACCAGAUUAUGAACGGUAUUAUGCUAGAUCUCCAGGUCCAACAGAUAGACAUAGACCAUUAGAUCGAUAUGAACGUGUAUAUGGGCCUCCUGUAGGUUUACCACCCCAUCGUGAAAUGAGAAGAGAAACAAUACCACCGCCUCACCACGAAUUUGUUAGGCCACCGAUUCAUCACGGACCACCUCAUGUACAUCCUGGUCCUCCUCAUCAUUAUGGUCCACCUAGACAUAUGAUGCUUCGUCAUCCUGUUCAUGGAUUUGAACGAGUUGAAAACAAGAAAGAUAAAUUUCCAAAUUAUCUCCAUCACGUUUCUCCAGAAGAUGACCCUCUUGCAACUAGGACUCUUUUUGCUGGUAAUUUGGAAAUUAAUAUAACUGAGGAUGAAUUACGUAGAAUCUUUAGUAAAUACGGUGUUGUUGAUGAUAUUGAUAUCAAAAGACCACCGCCAGGAACAGGAAAUGCAUAUGCUUUCGUCCGAUUCCAGACAUUAGAUAUGGCUCAUAGAUGCAAAGUUGAACUUUCUGGGCAGUAUAUAGGAAAGUUUCAGUGCAAGAUAGGAUAUGGUAAGGCAACUCCCACAACACGAAUAUGGGUUGGUGGUUUGGGUCCUUGGACUUCAGUACCUCAAUUAGAAAGAGAGUUUGACAGAUUUGGAGCCAUUAAAAAAAUUGAUUAUCUUAAAAGCGAAAGUAAUGCAUAUAUCCUUUAUGACUCUAUUGAUGCAGCACAAGCUGCUGUAAAAGAGAUGCGUGGUUUUCCUCUCGGUGGUCCAGAACGAAGAUUAAGAGUUGAUUUUGCAGAUGUAACUCCUGGUUUUGGUUUUAAGCCUAGAUCAUAUCCAGAAGACAAUGCUGAGUUUCGACCACGUUUGGUAGACUAUGAAUCACCAUAUGAUCCUUACGGUCCUGAAACUGAAUUUGGUUAUGGACCAAGAGGUUUUCGGGGACGAGGAAGUGCACCAUGGCACGAAAGAAGAGGCGGUGGCAGAGGCGGUUACCGUGGUACUGUUCCAGAUGGUUAUCUCCGUGAUGAAGCAGAUUGGUCCAGUCGUAGACCACUUCCAGAUCUAGAAUAUGAAGCUUCUCGUAUAAGAAGAUCAAUGUCACGAGAACCUGGUGUAGAUCGAUCAAGAUCUAGAUCACCACGUAGAAGACAAAUGGAUUCAGAUUCAGAUUCGGAAAAUACUCGUACAGGAAUGCUCUCAACGUCUCGUACUUUACCGGAAGUUGCACGAAAAUCUAUUGCAGUUUGGCAAGGUGCAUUAAUAUUAAAGAAUUCACUAUUUCCAGCUAAAUUUCAUCUUACAGAUGGAGAUACUGAAAUAAUAGAUGCUCUUAUGAAAGAUGAGGAGGGUAAACAUAUGCUUAGAAUAACACAGCGCCUUCGUCUCGAUCAACCAAAGUUAGAUGAUGUAUCUAAAAGAAUACAAACUUCUAGUUCACACGCGAUAUUUCUUGGUCUUGCUGGAUCAAGCGGAGCUAUUACAAACGAUGAUGCUAAUGUUCAAACUAGACCACUUCGUAAUUUGGUUUCAUAUUUAAAGCAAAAAGAGGCAGCAGGUGUUAUAUCACUUUUAAACAAAGAUACAGAAGGAACUGGAGUACUCUAUGCAUUUCCACCAUGUGCUUUUUCUACAGAGCUCCUGAAGCGUACGUGUCCUAGUUUAAGCGAAGAAGGUUUAAAAGAGGAUCAUUUGGUAAUUGUUGUUGUUAAGGGUGGUAGUGCCUAAAUUUUAAACUGGAGUGACACAAACAAUUGCUUAAUUCAUAAAUAACAAACAAAAUCAUUUCAUUAUUUGAAUACUUCCUGAGGUGAAGUAUUAUUUUGAUUUAAUUGGUAAGGUGGUUAUAGAAGAAUGAUGUACAGAAGUUGUAGCAAUGAUUGAUGCUUUUUGAUCUAUAUAAGUAUUAUUAUCAUAGAUUUGACUAAAUCAUUUUACAAUAUUACUUAUUUGUCAAUAUGAUUUUUAAGA